AUGGAGACCGAAAGGAUGAUAGAAGAUACCAUAGCACCCCAGGUGACGUCAAUCACCAGCGUGGACUCAGGCGUACGGCCGAUGCCAAGCAGCGCCGCGUACGCAGCAGAAAGGGACGCAUGUCUCAACUACUUUACGAGAUGGAACGAAACGGACCAAGUGGAAUUUGUGGAGCAGCUACUAGCGCGGAUGUGUCACUAUCAGCACGGUCAUAUCAAUGCCUACCUAAAGCCCAUGUUACAGAGAGACUUCAUCAGUAUGCUGCCCAAAAAAGGUCUAGACCACGUGGCAGAGAAUAUACUGUCCUAUUUGGACGCCAAUUCACUAUGUGCAGCGGAACUGGUCUGCAGAGAGUGGCGGAGGGUUAUAUCUGAGGGUAUGCUGUGGAAGAAACUCAUUGAGAGGAAAGUACGCACUGAUUCGCUUUGGAGAGGGCUCGCGGAACGAAGAGGAUGGAUUCAAUACCUAUUCAAGCCGAAACCAGGUAGUCAGCAUCCGUCUCACUCGUUCUACAGAACACAGUAUCCGAAGAUUAUAAAAGAUAUACAGUCCAUCGAAGAUAAUUGGAGAAUGGGCAAACAUAAUUUGCAGAGGAUAAACUGCAGAUCAGAGAACUCAAAAGGCGUGUACUGUUUGCAAUACGAUGAUAAUAAGAUAGUGUCCGGCCUAAGAGAUAAUACUAUUAAGAUAUGGGAUAGGAAAUCAUUGCAAUGUGUCAGGGAACUACAAGGUCACACGGGUUCGGUUCUCUGUCUACAAUACGACGAGAGGGCAAUUAUAUCGGGAUCGUCAGACAGCACAGUUAGAGUAUGGGACGUGAACACGGGAGCCAUGUUGAACACACUCAUACACCAUUGCGAGGCUGUACUACAUCUCAGAUUCUGUAACGGAAUGAUGGUCACGUGUAGUAAGGAUCGCUCAAUAGCAGUGUGGGACAUGACAUCUACAACGGAGAUAAUGUUACGAAGAGUUCUAGUCGGCCAUCGCGCCGCCGUCAAUGUUGUAGACUUCGAUGAAAAAUAUAUAGUUAGUGCUAGUGGCGAUCGAACUAUUAAGGUGUGGAACACGUCGUCGUGCGAGUUCGUGCGCACGCUGAACGGCCACAAGCGCGGCAUCGCGUGCCUGCAGUACCGCGACCGCCUCGUGGUCUCCGGCUCCUCCGACAACACCAUCCGGCUCUGGGACAUCGAGUGCGGCCAGUGCAUCCGCGUGCUCGAGGGACACGAGGAGCUCGUGCGCUGCAUACGUUUCGACAACAAGCGCAUAGUGAGCGGUGCGUACGACGGUAAGAUCAAAGUAUGGGACCUGCCCGCCGCGCUCGACGUACGCACGCCGCACCAGGAACUAUGUCUCAGGACACUCGUUGAGCACACGGGGCGCGUGUUCCGGCUCCAGUUCGACGAGUUCCAGAUCGUGUCGUCCUCGCACGACGACACCAUCCUCGUGUGGGACUUCCUCAACUACGGCGGGGCCUCGCCGCCGGGGCAUCACGCGCCGCCCGCGCGCCCGCGCUCGCCCGACCUCGACCGCGACAGGGACCACGACUUGUACGACUAG